CAUUACCACCAUCCCACUUGGUUAUGAAAGCAGCAUGAGACCCACUAGAGACAAGGUCAAGUUGUAUGUUGGCGCAACACGCGGAGAAUUGUCAGUGGCGCUUAGCUAAACUUCGAAAGGUGUAACGUUAUGCCACCAUGAGAACGAUUUGGUUUGUAACGGAUAAAUACUAGACGAUUGAUUAUUCUAUUUCCUUUUUAUUGUGCCAUUUGCUCCAUUGAUUGCAAUCCGCUACAAAACAUCGCAAGUUGAGCUGCGAGUGAUAGCUUUCACUUGGGGGGUGGGGUGGGAUUGAAUUGUCAGGAGCGGUCCGGAUGAGUUCGGAACUGUGUCUGGCGCUACAGCAGAAGGAGGUCAAGUCGGGAUCGGACGAACGUGUUCAAGGGGAGAUAAUAUCGAAAGAUCAAGGCGGAAUGGUAACCACAAAGGGAGCAGGUCUGAACCCCAAUGCCAAAGUCUGGCAGGAGAUCUCUGCGCCCCAGAGCCAAGUCCCAGAUGAGGGCAUAGAGGGCCCCUACUUGCUCCAGAUGACCCCUAACUCUGCUGAUGUCACUGAGGGUUACUCAGAGAUCCCUCCUACUGGGGCUAAGGGGUAUGGCAUGGGAUACUCGUACCCCUCCUUGGACAGCAGUGCCCCUGCACCCACAGAGGGGAUAGUGAACGGCAUGGACUCCCCUGAGCUGGGAUACCCUCUCUAUGACCCUGUGACUGGUUCAGCAGUGGAGGAAAAGCAGCCGCUCUUAGAGGUGAGCAUCAGAGAGUGUCUGAAGAAACAGCUGGAGUUCUGCUUCUCCAGAGAGAAUCUGUCCAAGGACUUGUACCUGAUGUCCCAGAUGGACAGUGACCAGUUUGUCCCCAUCUGGACCAUUGCCAGCAUGGAGGGCGUCAAGGUUCUCACCACUGACAUGGACCUGAUUCUGGAGGUGCUACGAGCCUCGCCCAUGGUGCAAGUUGAUGAGAGUGGGAAAAAGGUUCGGCCCAACCACAAGCGCUGCAUCAUCAUUCUGAGGGAGGUGCCCGAGACCACACCGGUUGAGGAAGUGGAGACCCUCUUUAAGAAUGAAAACUGCCCUGAAGUGCUUAGUGUUGAAUUUGCGGCCAAUAACAACUGGUACAUCACGUUCCGGUCAGACACUGAUGCACAGCAGGCCCACAGAUAUCUAAGGGAAGAAGUGAAAACAUUUCAGGGAAAACCCAUCAUGGCUCGUAUCAAGGCCAUCAACACAUUCUUUGCAAAGAAUGGCUACCGUAGCGUACUGGACUCCAGUGUGUACAGCCAGCAGGGCCAGUCUCAGUCCCAGUACACCUCUACACACCACUACAUGCAGCAGGUGUUCAGCCCCCAGCAGCAGUACCCUCUCUACCCCCUGGUGCCCCCCACCUGGAACCCAUCGCCUGCCCCUUAUUUCGAGACCCCACUGGCCCCGUUCCCCAACAGUGGCUUUGUGAAUGGCUUCAGCACCCCUGGGAACUACAAGACUGGCACUUGUCCCCUGAGCCUCGGACGAUUGCCCUUCAACAGCAACCGUGUCCCCCUCUAUUCCAGAAAGAAUGUAAUCAAUGCCUUCAGGAACCAUGUGAAGAGCCAGCCCCAGCCAUGUGAUGAAACCCUACCUUCAUCUGUGACCCCCGUACCCCCCCUGGUGGAUGGCCUGUCUGGCCCCUCCAGCCCUCAGCCACCCCGCAUGACUGGGGCUCCCCUGGUUAGCACCCAUGAACCUGGCCCUGCUCUCACCUCUUACUGCCUCAGGGACACCCUCCCACUGGCUUCAGAGGGGAUAUCUAACGGAGACCUGGGAAUUGCUGGCAGAAGCAGGAGAGGCAGCUACCGAGGGAUGCGCAGAAGGAGAGAGGAUGAGCGGCUCAUGAGGCCCAUCCCUCUGAGCGAGGUUAAGGUUCCACAGCCCAAGUUUGACUUGGCAACCUCCAACUUCCCUCCGUUGCCUGGGUGUACGGUCAACAUGCAGGGAGAAGAGCCCGUGCUGGAGACGCGCAUGUCUGACGUGGUGCGGGGUGUUAAGGUGGUGACCAGUGACAAACCUGAGGUGAAUAAGGAGUCUGUGGCCCCUCCUGUUAGUACCCAGGAGGGAACUGGGAGCGCGGCCAGUCCUGUCAUGCCAGCCCUCAAACCCCCCACCCCUCUAGUUGUGCAGCCCCCUGUUCCAAGUGUUACUCACCCGGUAGAGAAGCCUGAGCCUCAUGUCCAAAGGGAGGCUGCUGGAACCCCCACACCACCCUCUUCUUUGCCAACCCCACCACAGCCCGCUGCUGCUACCAAACUCACCCCUAUCCCCACCAGCAGUCAGUCCAUCUCCACGACAACACCAGUCCCCGCUGCCCCCACUACCAUACCGGAGCCAAGGAAGCUGAGCUAUGCUGAGAUGUGCAAGCGGCCAGCCACCCAGCUCCCAGCCCCCAGCACCUACCCCAACCCUCCCAUCACCUCUGCCAGCCAACCCCUGCAGGAGCUUCGGGUCAACAAGGCCGACGAGCCUGCCGCCUCCAGCAGCAGCAAUGGCGAUAGGCCAGAGAAACCUGAGGGGUCUGGAGAAGGCCUGCCCCUUCGUGACCCCCUGGGCACAUACCGUUCGGGUAACGGCCCUGCCCGAUCCGGAGGGAUGGGCCUAAAGUACCGGGAUCAGCAGCGUGGUGCCUCUAUGAGACGACGGAUCUCCCCCCACGGCUGGGCUAGAGGGAGUGGGAAGGAACAGAACAUUCCACCCCGGUCGCCGAAGUAGUUUAAACCACAACCAACAGACUAACAGGAAAACAAACAUCUAUACAUGUUAAGACAGAAAUAUAUGAAUAUAUAUUAUUGGAUGAAAGAACAUGUGCGUUCUUAAUCUAGAAGACCCUCCUGGAGCUCAGUCGGACACACACUGACCUUUGUUUGGGAAAACACUGAAAGCGGUAAUCAUUUUAAGUGGGGGUGAACAUGAGUGUCACAAAACACAAACUGAAGGACUUGUUUGAAAGAACAGUGAGAUGCUGACAUGUGGCCUCACCUUGGUUAGCUUGAAGAAUGGGCCCUCCGCUAAAUCGAUGAAUUUGAUUUUUAUGUGAAAGUGGGGUUUGAGAGAGGGGGGACAAAAUGUAUGGUAAGUAAAGCCUUGUAUCUCAAAUACCAGUAGUUGCAAAAUAAGAAACAACAGUUGAGCUGUUAGCAAAUCUAGUUUAUAUGCAACAAAGCAAAAGAUGUGGAUAUCCACCGAUAUGACAACUGAGUUGAUAUUACUUCCUUAUAAAAAAUUAUAUUGAGGGAGGGGUUAGUAGGGUAUUGGUCAUUAACUGUGUGGAAAUGUGCUUUUAUGAAGGUUGGAAGCAAGAGAUUGCCACAUGGUUCAGGAGUUGUUCUGAAGGUUGGGAAGCCUGUCAAGUCAAGCUGCACAUUCAUUUAGGUGAAGAAACCGUCUUCGACAUGUCUGCUUUUAGUCUGGAAUUUAAAAAGUUUUAACCAGUGGGGAAAUGUGAAUUAAAAUUGAUGCAUUUCUUUUCAUGGUUGAUGAAGUUUUGGUACACCCUUGCAUAAGUACAACAUUGAAAACGUUACAAUAGUGCAUGAAUACUUGAGCAGUGCAAAUUUGGGGAAGUGUUUGUAUAGUCAGACUGAUGUAACUGAAUUGUUAUAUUUUUAUCUUCAUUUACUCUUUCUUCCAUACACAGCCAAACAUUUAACCAUCUGUAUGUCAUGGGUAAAGGCUCAGAGGGAGUAGUCUUCCCUUAGUUUAGGCAUUCAGUUAUUGAGACACUCAUCCUAGACACUAAUGGUGUAUGUAAACUGGCUGGCUUUUCAUGAAUUCUACAGUGUUGUACAUAGCCAUUCAAGAAGAGCAGUUAAAAAGAAAAUUGUGGCUUGCGUAGAAGCUGUACCUAUUGUAUUAAUCUUUACAAUUGUAUUUCCCAACCUAUGUGGUCAAAUGCAGGUUCAGCAUUGAUAUUUACUUUUAUUUUAUGUCUUAAGUCAAAUAGUAACCCUUCCACCCCCGAUAUCUGUUCAGUUCAACAUGUUCUAUUACCAUAUCUGUGCAACAGGGUCCCGGGUAGUCUUUCAUGCAUUUUGGUUGGUUGUAUCAUGUAGAGUAGGCUAGAUGGUAUUUCAGAGUAGUAAUGGCAGAUUUAGUGCAAUGGUAUCCCAAGCACGAAACUGGUCUCUGGAAUUCGAUGUAUUCCAACUUGCUCAUUUAAAAUUGCCAAAAUAGGCCUGAAUUCUGAAGCAAGUGAACACUCAAUUCUCAUAAGGCCGUGUCUAGACUUAAUAGUUAAUUCUGUUUUAGUAUUCUGAUCAUAGUCCUAAUCAUGGAUUUCCGAACGCGUCAUGCAUCUACGUGUAAAAUGUCUGGUGUCCGUAUGCCCUUUUCCCGCGCUAUAUUAAAAUGCUAGUAUGCGUUCUACGAACGGUGGAAUAGGUAAAGUAUGACAACACAAUUGAUGGCUGUAGCUACCAAGCAACGCUAAAGGGAUUGCAAACGUGUUAACAACACUAGCCAAACAUUGUUUUCCAAAAUAUUAGCUAGCUGGCUAGCAUUUGAGUCCAGGUGGAGGGCUAAUGACGUCGAUCACUGUAUGCGCUUUCGGUAGGCUGAUUGCGUCAGGAUUAGAUGGUUAUUUUUCCUCGUACAUUUCAUGUUUUGAUUUUCUCAUUAGAUUUGAAUAUUUGAAUGCAUAUCCAAUUAUGUUUGAGGUCUGUACAUGUCCAUUGAUUGCUAAAAGGAAACUUGAGAGCAUUUGUCGUUCACAUGUCACUUAUUUGUAUUUUAUUUUGUAAAACAUUUUAGGAACUCAGGUGGUCUCAAUGUACUGUUUUAGAGUUAGAAUAGUGAUUACAAAAGGUACAAUUUAGACAUUUGGUUGGGCAUAAGCAGUUUUCCCCUUGUCAGUCACUCUUAGCCUGCUAGACUAAUUUACCAAUCUAAAAAGUAUUUGCAGACAUGGCUAUCUAAACUUGUAUUAGCACUGACGAAACCCACCAGGCAUGCAGGGCACUGAUUUUGUUAAUCACUCUCACUUGGAUCUCAUGUUAACAUGGCAUAAGUCAUUGCACAAUGCAGAAUUAGUCUAGCAGGAAAUUGGCUUUAACACUGCACAGAUUCCUCUCCAUCCCAUGGCAGUAUAUGUUUUAUACAUUUGCAAAACUCUCUCUGCCCCAUGGCAAAAGGUGUAUAAUUUAGGAAAUGUAACUUUAAAACUAAAUUAUUUCUCUCUGCUGUCAAGAGGGGGUGCAUCAUUCUCACCUAACCAAAUUAUGCCCAGGGGCCCCAAAAGGGUGCAUCUUUUUCAUGAGUGUGGGUCCCAGAAAAACAUGAUCUAAGUUGGGUCCCAGGCUGAAAAAGUUUAAGAACCCCUGCUUUAGAGUGAUGUCUUCAAAUAUAAAUGUUAGAGUUGACUAGAUGUGGUGGGCAUCAAUCUUAAUACCUGUUCUCUCUAUGCUCUUAACUCAUAAUUCAUCAUUUUGUAUGUGAAUGGAUUGAACAUCUGGACCAAAGUCAAGCAAGCAAAAAUACAAUUUUGGGAACUUGCUCAAAUCUGUGUGGGAAGUGGCGAUCAAAUGUUGCUGAAAUGGCAUUGGCCAGUCAUGGCUUGAUGAAUGUAGUCCUGUUUGAGAGAAGCCACUUCAUAAGUGGUCUGAAUGUUCUUGUACCGAUUUUUGCGCCUAGCAGGCUAGUCUUUAGUCUGUUUGUGUUAGAUGACUGUUGCAAUUUUAUUUUUUCUCUUUCUGGUCUGCUGUAUUAGUGAGCACAUUUAGAUUAAAUGUUUUGAGAGUUCUGCAGUUUGACAUUUUUAAAUGUAUUGUAACUAAUGUACCUCUUUUUUUUGUGGCUUUUUUUCCCCCCUAAAAUGUUUGAUGUAAUAGUUGAGUAUUCAAUGUCUGAUUUGAGACUUGGCUAAAGUGAGAAUUCAGUGCAUUGCCUGGGUGCUAGCAGUGCAGUAACAUGUUAUCUAUGUAAUCACUGGGCCUGUUCUGAUUUUUAUAUUUUACAUCCAUGUAAUGGCUAAACUACAAGCAGGUAGUGGUGUUGUGGAAUGAAAUGCACCAACUUUUGUUUUUUAAAAUCUCCCAUGUUGUGUAAAAUCAUUUUAGAUGUCUAAAGAAAAGGUGUUUUUAGCAGGCUUCCUGAAGUUAUUACAGGAGUAGGGGUUUAUUUCUAUUUUACUGUUGAUUGUUCUAGCAUUUCUCUACUGGGACAUGUGUUUUUAGGGGGUGCAGGUGGGACAUAGUAACAGAAGUGGGGUGUGAGACACUGAAUUACUGAUUUAGUAGAGGUCUGAUCAAAAGUUCAAAUAAAGUACAUGUUUUGGCCUUUCUGAUAAUGUUUCUGGGUCCUGUGCUUGCAAUGAUUUUUGCUGUCUGUGUAUUUUAAAUGUUUGUGCCAUGCUCAGUAGUUCUGUGAUCUUGUACCAGAUGGCUGUAUUAAGAUGUUUCAGGGUGCUUGUAUGACUCUUCACCAGUCCUACUUUUACUGUCCCCUUCAUGUCCCAAAAUAUAUUUUUCAGGCCUAACUAAAAUUCCAGUGCCUUCUCCAGUGUUGAGGUUUUCCUUCUCUGCAAAGUAAAAGUAACAUGAACACUAAUUUGGAACACGGCAGGUUUUGUUGGUUUAGUGGACAGACAAAAAUACAUGGCUUCACACUCAGAAUUUAUACAUUAAACUUUUGUGUGUAGGCUGUGUCACAAAUGUAUGCGCCUCGCAUGACAAUGCUGAAAAUGUAAUACGCUGCUUCAACAUAACAGCUCUUUUGAAAACCAGUGAAAAGGUGAAGCAAGUCGGUUGGUGUGAGCAGGAAUAUAUACAUACCGGUUUACUGUCGUGAAUGUAUCAUUGCAAACAUGUACGAGAAUAAACAUUUUAAACACCAUUGUA